GACUAAGGCUAUUUCAUUCACCUCAUAGAUUCUGUUAAUAAAUCAAUAGAGCUUCGUCACCAUGUCUAAGCCCUCACCAGAUUAUCAGUCGACCGAGAACCUCGACCUAUCAAGCGAGACUUCAUCUCAGCAUCUCGUGAAGGAUAAUGUUUCCACCACCACAGACACAUCCAAAACCAAACCGAGUCGGUUGGUGAUUCUAUUAACCUUGGCCUCCUCCAUCUCCGGGUACAUGUUCGGUUACGACACCGGAUACAUUUCGGGAGCGUUGGUGAGUAUUGGCACAGAUUUGUCCAAUAAGCACCUUACUGAUGGAGAGCAAGAAUUCAUAACUGGAGCCACGUCUUUAGGGGCACUUUUAGGAGCCGUCGUGGGGGGAGUAUUGGCCAACUUCUUGGGUAGAAGAAUGGUAUUGUUGGGAUCCAACGUGAUUUUUGUGGUGGGGGCCAUUAUCCAAUUGGCUGCCAAAACCGUGUGGACCAUGAUUGUGGGAAGAUUUGUGCUUGGAUGGGGAGUGGGAAUUGCAUCGUUGAUUGCUCCCUUGAUGAUCUCCGAGUUGGCGCCUUCACGUUACCGGGGCCGGUUGAUUGUCACGAACAGUAUGUUGAUUACUGCUGGUCAGUUGAUUGCGUAUUUCAUUAAUUGGGGGUUAACCAGAGUUAACCACGGAUGGAGGGUGUCGGUGGGCUUGUGUAUUGUCCCUGCAGUUCUCCAAUUUGGGUUAUUCUGGUUCUUACCAGAUACUCCAAGAUUCUAUAUCAUCAAUAACGACCCUGUGAAUGCCAAAAUGGUGUUGAAAAAAGUGUAUAAGGAUGCUGACGACGCGUUCAUCGAGUCUGAAAUCGCCGAAAUGGUGGCUUCCAACUCCAAUGUUCCAGGUGAUGGUCCGGUGUCCAGAGCAUGGAACUCAGUCAAGUUACUUCAUUCUACUCCAGCAAAUUUAAGGGCUUUGAUUUUGGCCUGUGGGUUACAAGGAAUCCAGCAGUUUACCGGGUUCAAUUCGCUCAUGUACUUUAGUGCUACGAUUUUCGAGACUUGCGGAUUCAAUAAUGCUACUGCUGUAUCCAUCAUUGUUGCAGCUACCAACUUCACCUUUUCAUGUGUCUCCUUAUGUAUCAUUGACCAUGUUGGAAGAAGAAAGACCUUGUGCAUUGCGAUUCCCAUCAUGUGUAUUGCGUUGGUGAUUUGUGCCAUUGGAUUCCACUUUUUGGGAGUCAAGUUUGGUUCUUCUGAUGAAGUGAUUGUUAAAAGCAGCGGUAUUUCGGGUUGGGGAAUCGUGGUGAUUCUUUCAAUGGUUCUCUUUGUGGGAAGUUACGCUAUUGGUAUCGGAACCUCUGCCUGGACUGGAGUUGAAUUAUUCUCUGAUGUUAAUGUCAGAUCGGCUGGGGCAAUGUUUGCAGCCGGUACUAAUUGGGCUGGUUCCUUAACCAUUUCCUCCACUUUUUUAACCAUGUUGGAGAAAAUCACUCCCACAGGAACCUUCUCGUUCUUCGCAGGUUUGUGUGUGAUUUCGUUCUUUUUCAUCUACUUUUUGUACCCUGAAGUAUCUGGCUUGGAACUCGAAGAGACCACCAGAUUGUUGACCGACGGAUUCAACGUCAAGGAAGCCGGCAGGUUGUCCAAAGAGAGAAAGCAUCGUAAACCCAAAACCCAGCCUGUGGUUUAGAGGUUCACUACUAAAGUUUAUACUUAAUUAAUUAGUCAUUUUAAUAUUCACAAACAUUUGUG